CCGUUAAAUGUUACCACACGCAAGCUGAAUCGUUAUGAUUUUGGAUUUGAUGUUUAUAUGGUUAAUUCUAGCUGUCAUUCUAUUCAUAAUGGUUUCAUCGAUCGUAGCUUGUUUGUGCGGAUGUUGUAGGAAACCGCAGAGGGACGAACUUAUGGGAUUAUCGGGUAAAGUCAAGAUCACAAAUCCGGAUAUUCUUCAAAAUAACAACGCUCCUUUGGCGUUAUCGAUUGCCAAGACGCCGUCGGAUGAUAAUAUCCCGUUAUCCAGUAUACCUUCGAGUAAUGCUUCGGCGAAAAGAACCUCUACUAUUGGGAGUAAUAGUCACGCUGGGACGGCGACCAGAAGUCUUCCAGAAAUACCCGUGGAUGCUGCCAAAGGUGGUGCAUCUGCGUUAUCAGUAGACAAUUCGAACGCGAGUAAUUUCGUUAAUUACGUCGGCGAUACGAAUUCUGAUUUGUACGCUACGUUGGAAGAACAUAAAAUUACUUCGUCUUCGUCGAAACCCAAACUUUCCGCUAAUAUGUUCGGAUCAUCGUCGCAAUCGAAUGGCACGGUAACUUACGAACAAAUCGACGAAAAUUCAACGUACAAUGAUAUCAAAGAACAUCCUUAUGCGCAAGUGGAAAAUGAUAUCGAUACCGAUAUACCAUCGACGUCCAGAAUGGACCACGAUACGGUUGAUGGUGCGGUGGUUGCUCGCGAAGAAACAAAUACGCCGGUUGAUAUUCCAGCUGCGAGUGCCAUCACUGGCAAUAUAGCAGCUAGUAACGAACUCCCCUAUAUGACUCCUCCUAUACAUAACAAUUUCAGCGGCGACUCUCAGGACUCCACCAAGGGUUACACGAGUAUUACGGUGAGAGAGCCGUUGGCUCGAAUCAGACCGCAAAACAAGCCAGCCAAUCAAGAUACCUCCGACUCUCAUUAUACAGUUUUGUCAGACGAUUCGGACGAAAUGUACGCAGCCAUUCAAGACGCUUACACAAGUGGCAGCGAAACGUACGCUCAAAUUCAACCCGUGGCCAACGCAUCAUCGGCGUACAACGCUUCAUCCAACGAGCCAGGUUCUCCUAAAACGGCCAACAUUACUCACAAAUUCGGUGAAGUGUCGAUUCACUCCAGGCAAGCUUCGACGUCGAGUAUCGCCAGUUCGUUGACAAAUCGUAAUAAUUCGCCGAAAGAGAAACGUCAAGCUAAUUCGCCUCUUCCUAAGCCGCCGGACGUUACGCCGCCGCCGCCGCCGGAUGAUAUGUACGCCAAAGUGUUGAAAAAACGCAAGUACGAUUCCGAAUGGGGUAGUACCAAAGAUUGCAUGUUCAGCGCGGAUCACGAAUCGUCUACAAGCGGUUUCCAUUCCGCAGCAGCGUCGAAUGUGGAUUCGAUUCAUUUAAAAGAUAACAUGGAAAAUUGUGAUACGCGUAAAGAAUCGGAUCCGUACCAAGGAACUGACGAGAUCGAUGGUAUUGGAACAAACGGUUGUUACGAAACGUUACCCGAUAGAAAUUAUGAAAUGUUGAACGAUUCGGGUCAGUGCCCCGGAUACGAAACGGUCACGGAGCAGAAUUCGGGAGGUUACGAAUCGUUACCCGAACCACCGGAUAGCUUGACUCCGGGUUACGAAAGAAUACGGGACUCGUCGUCGAACCCCGGCUAUGAGAAACUGAAAUACGAAACGCUCGACGAAGAAUACGUUUCGGAACCGAAUUACGAAGAGUUGAAGCCGCGUAAAGAAUCUAACCAAAGUUUUCACUGCUACGCGACCAUCGAUAAAAAGAAAACGCUCAGCUCGGGUAAUAUUCCGGAACCGGAUUACGCUAGUUUAACUAGAAGACACCGCGACGACGAUAAUUGGAACAAUUCGGAUCCUUUUUACGAAAGAAUUCGUAAGCGGUCCGGCUGCGACGACGACGAGGAUGCCGACGAGGGAGGCGAUUACGACGUAGCCAAAUACAACGACAGAAAUAAUAAUCAUUCCGAUUCGAUACCGCCGCCAAAAAGCGAACGUUUGACGAGGAAUCAUUCUGUAUCGGAGAAUGAUCUCAGCGAUUUGUACUCAAAAGUGAACAAAACUAAAAGAUAGUAUAGGGCCAAGUUCCCCAUAAGGGUGUAUUUUACCGAUAAAGUUUAAUUAAUCUCGUUAAGAAAUCAACUAAAAAACAAGCCAAAUGUGCUUCCAGUUAAACGAAAUAUUUUUUUCAAUAUUUUACUUCGUACCUCGUACCAUUUUUCAUAUAUUAUUAUAUAGAUACCUACCUAUAUAGAUAUGUUUUUUUUAAUUUUUUUUUUUUUACUCGUUUGUCAAUUUUCUAAACGUAAUCGAUUCGAGUGAAUAUCGUUACCCUAGUAGUUGGGUGAUGGAAGAUAGAGGAAAAUUCACUCUUACUGAUCUCUAGCAUUGUUUAAUUCGUCGCCAACGUGUAUCCCACGAAUUUUCUCACGUAUACCUAUUGAAAAAUAACGAGUGUUAUUACACGUACCGUGUUGAAGUUGAAUACAUUAUGUUCAUUUUCGUAUCAAGUCGCGCGAGGUGCUAAUAAUUUUGUAACGGUUUACGGUUUAUGACUCGGAAACAUCGACCGUUUUCAAUUUGGAAUUAUCAGUGUAUUGUCUUUUUUUUCUUCUUAAAUAUGUAUCUACCUGUAAGUAUGUUAUUUUAUUUUACUAAUUUGUUUUAAUUAUUUUUUCCCACUUUUUUGUAAUGUUUUUUAAAAGAAAAGCGUGAAUUUGUUUUGUGUAACCUAAUUUUUUAUUCCAGCUUCUCGAGAAUUUGUAAAUAAAUGGAUUAUUAUUUUUUUUA